AUUUAUUAUGUUUCAGGACCAUUUUUAAUGGCGGACAUAGUAGGGGCAAUCUUCGGUGCAUUGAAUUGCAUUUGUGGUACUCCAACCUGCAACUGUAUAGAUCAAUAUCGAAAUUUUAAUGAUGAUGUGGAUGAGCUGAGAAGAAAACUGGAUAGUCUAACUAGCCAGAAACAAGAUAUAGAAUCAAGAAUAGAAGAAGCAGAGGCUCGCGGCGGACGAACGGUUAGACAACAAGUGCAAGAAUGGCGUAAGCAAGCACAAGAGAUCAAUGUUGAUGUGCGAGCAUUUUUAGAAAAGGUGCAGGGAGUCAAGUGGUACAAGCGUGCCUGUCUUGACAAACGUGUUUGCAGAAAAAUUAAUGUGGUGAAGGAAAUGCUUGAAAAAGGUAGUUUCACUGAAGGCCUUGUUAUUGAGAGAGCUCCAGCACAUGGAAACAUAAUUCCAACAGAGAAUUUAGUGGGCGAAAUUUCUACUAAAGAAGAAAUUUGGGGGUACUUGAUGGGUGAUGAGGUUGGAAUGAUAGGAGUUUGUGGGAUUGGUGGAGUUGGAAAGACAACGAUCAUGAAGAAUCUCCACAAUGAUUUACAAAGGGAGACUAGAUUUCAGAAAGUGAUAUGGGUUACUGUGUCACAUCCUCUCAAUGUUUUUGAAUUACAAAAGAAGAUUGCUAGUGCCAUGGGCGAAAGACUUCCAGAAGAUGAAGAGGAGAUGAUGCGAGCAGCAGCACUAAUGGAAAUAAUGAGAAGAGUGAGAUAUGUGGUAAUAUUAGAUGAUGUAUGGGACAUGUUCUCUCUUAAUGAUGUUGGAAUUCCAGAUCCUAAGGCUCAUAAUGGGUGCAAAGUAGUUGUCACUAGUAGAUCAAUUGAAGUAUGCAGUCAUUUGCGUUGUAAGAUUGUUAAAGUGCAACCUCUUUCACAAGAGGAGUCUCUAAAGUUAUUCCUCGAUAGGGUUGGGGAUGAUGUUUUACAAGUUCCAGGGUUGGAAGAAAUAUUGAAGCUUAUUGUGGAAGAGUGUGCCGGCUUACCACUGGCCAUUGUUGUGAUAGCUGGGAGUAUGAGGGGAGUUGAUGAUGUUAAUGUGUGGAGAAAUGCACUGGUUGAAUUACGAGAUCGUGUAAAGAGUGUGAAACAUUCAAACGAUGAGAUAUUUAAGAGAUUAAGAUUUAGUUUUGAUCGGUUGGAUAAUUGGGAAGUCAAGAAUUGUUUUCUUUAUUGCUCCUUCUUUCGGGAGGAUUAUGUGUUUUCUAGAAGGGAGUUGAUAGAAUGUUGGAUUGAUGAAGAACUAAUUAAUGGGUUGCCAAGUAGAAAGAGAGAAACAGCUUAUAAUAGGGGUCAUGCUAUUAUAGAUAGGCUUGAAAAAAAUUUCUUAUUAGAGGAAGAUACUUUUUACUCAGGUGAAUUUCGUGAAGGUGAUGGUACCGUUAGUUUUGGUAGUGCUGCUGUUAAGAUGCAUGAUGUAAUGAGAGACAUGGCGAUUGUAAGCAUUGCUCCUGAAUUUGGAUAUAUGAUUAAAGUCGGUAUGAAUUUGGUAGAGCUACAAGAUGAGCAUGGUUGGGUAGAAGAUCCGAAGAAGUUGUCUCUAAUGGAAAAUAACAUUUUAAAAGUUCCUCUCAGUCUAUCCCCAAAGUGUUCAACCCUUUCAACUUUGAUAUUAUCAAGUAAUCCAAAUUUGUCAGAGAUUCCAGAAUCUUUUUUUGAAGAGAUGCUUGAUUUGAAGGUUCUUGAUCUAUCUAGCACUGCUAUUGAGACUCUACCUAAUUCCGUCUCUAAAUUGAAGAAUCUAUCUGCCAUGCGGUUACAGUUUUGUGAGAAAUUAAAGUACUUGCCUUCUUUGGCAAACCUUAAGGGAUUGAAGAAGUUGGACCUGCACAAGGCAGGGAUUGAGGUGGUCCCUGAAGGCAUGGAGAUGUUGAUAAGUCUUGAAUAUCUUAAUUUGUUAUUUUGUCCAAAUCUGAAAGAGAUUCCAACAGGAAUAUUAUCUAACCUUUCCGGUCUGCAGUACUUGGCAGUACGUUGUUUGCGAGGAACUACAAAAGUGACAAAUUUUGAGGAGGCUGCUAGAUUGAAGAAUUUGGAGACUUUAGAAUGUCAAUUUGAUGACAUCCGAGACUUCAAUUAUUUUGUCGACAAGUUCAAAGAUUUCCAAAGUGCUGUUGCUUACAGUCUCAUGGUUGGAAGAGCUGAAGGUAUGAUUAGACAGAGCAAAUAUGAGCUUGUAAUUAAUGAUUGCAAGAUCGGGGAAGAAUGUAUAGUGCUUCCAAACAACCUUGAAGAUUUGUUCAUAGUUGAGGUUAAAAACAUGAGAAGCAUCUUAAACAAUAUAGCUCUGGUAGAAAAAGCAAAUAAGUUGAAGAGGUGCACUAUUUGGAAUAGUGAAGAGAUGGAGUGCCUAGUUGAGUUGGACGCAUCAUCGUCCUCCUCCCAAUAGUGUUGUCCAGUACUUGAUAAGCUUGAGCUGUUCAGGUUGCCUAGAUUGUGUGAACUUGUGAGAGUGGAAGGAGUGGCAAUACCACCGCGCAUCUUUUCCAAUCUUAGAGAACUUGAGAUACGUGUAUGUUCAGGAAUAAGGAAGUUAUUUCCACUUGAUCUACUGCAAGCUCUCCAAAACUUAGAGGAAAUUAAAGUUUGGAAUUGCAGCCAAAUGGAGCAGAUAAUAGUAUCAUCAGAUUCAGACGCAUCAUCAGAUAAAUUUCUUUUUCCCAGGUUAAGGAAAUUGGCAUUGGGGUUUCUACCCCAAUUGAGGAGCAUCUGCAGUGCCAAAGGAGUUAUGGUUUGCGAUUCUAUUGAAGAAAUUACUAUAUGGACGUGUCCAGAGUUAAAGAGGAUCCCUUUGCAGCUUCCCCAGCUUGAUAAUGG